AUGUCCGAUUCGCUACGUUUCCUCUUCCUCCUCCUCUUCCUCUUCCUCCUCCUCUUCCUCUUCCUCUUCCUCUUCCUCCUCCUCUUCCUCUUCCUCCUCCUCUUCCUCUUCCUCUUCCUCUUCUUCAAGCACUUCCUCAAGCAAGGAGGACGGCAUGUUGAGUGGCGGGACCGCGUCAGGUGUGGCGGCAGCGGAGGAGGAUGUGGCGGUGCUGUGACGAAUGAACCAAGCCUCGUUCCCCCCGCCGACCCAGCGAUGACGACGAAGGAAAGGACAGUCGGGUGCGCCAGCGAGGAGUUCCCCAACGCCCAAGCUCGUGAGGUUGCUGCUUCCCAGCAGACUGCCGCCGCUGGCCCCUACGAUGAGGGCAUCGCCAAGGCGACCGACGAGAACCUCACGUCGGAGGACUGGGGCGCCAUCAUGGAGCUCUGUGAUCGCGUGACGACCGACACGAAUGGCCCCAAGGAGGCCGUCCAGAGCAUGAUCAAGCGGUUGGCGCACCGCAACGCCAACGUGCAGCUGUACACUCUCGAGCUCGCAAACGCCCUGAGUCAGAACUGUGGAAAGCCCAUCCACCGCGAACUCUCGAGCCGUGCCUUCACCGACGCCCUUCUCAAGCUGGCCAACGACCGCAACACCCACACCCAAGUCAAGGCCAAGAUCCUCGAGCGCAUGAAGGACUGGUCCGACAUGUUCAGCAAGGACGCCGAGCUCGGCAUCAUGUACGAUGCCUACUACCGCCUGAAGCAGACCAACCCGACACUCCAGCCCCCUUCCGCCCCCCAGAAGACGGGCCUCACCGACGUCGACCGCCGAAAGGAGGAGGAGGAGCUGCAGAUGGCCCUGCAGCUGUCUCUGCAGGAUGAAGAACGCAAGGGCAAGAGCCCCGAACCGAGCAGCAGCCACGCUGGGCCCUCCUCGUCGGGCGCUGGCGCCGGCACGCCGGGCGCAAGCCAGCCCCUACAGCAGCAGUCGACACCCGUUCCCGCUGGCACCACGGCGGCGACCGUCUCGAGGGUGCGCGCGCUCUUUGACUUUGUGCCGUCCGAGCCUGGUGAGCUGGAAUUUAAGAAGGGCGAUGUCAUUGCGGUCCUAGAGUCUGUCUACAAGGAUUGGUGGCGCGGGUCCCUCAAGGGCAAGACCGGCAUCUUUCCUCUCAACUACGUCGAGAAGCUGACCGACCCGACACCGGACGAGCUCGCGCGGGAGGCGCAGAUGGAGGCUGAAGUGUUCGCGGAGAUUAAGAAUGUCGAGAAGCUGCUCACCCUGCUGAGCACGUCCAACACGGCGCCCAAGGAGGAGGACAAUGAGGAAAUCUCGAAGCUCUACCACCAGACCCUCGCUAUCCGACCAAAAUUGAUCAAGCUCAUUGAGAAGUACUCGCAGAAGAAGGAACAACCGCAAUACCCUCCCCAGUCCAGUCCAUCGCCCAACUUGCACCGUCCGAGCCAGCCUACCCCGGCGCCCUUCUACGUAGCAGGUUCCGAAGUCCCCUCGCACGGCGGCCAUCCCGGACCGCAGCCCUCCUAUCCUCACCGUGACCCGACGCCUCGUCUGCCCUCCAACGGAAGACCGCCCGAGCCCAUCAACACUUCGCCUCCCCCGCCCCAGAAUGCCUACAGCUCCUAUACUCACCCCCCUGACCAGCGCCAGAGCACCUACGGUGCCCAGGAACUCGCCACAUCCGUCUAUGAUUCCCCGAUUGCACCUCACAACCCCAACUCGACUGCAGCCUAUUCGACUUUGACGAACUAUGCGCCUGAUGACCAGUACAAACAACACAAUGCCAGCCAGGGCGCACCGCAGUCACCGCAGCACCAACCCUCACAGCCUCAGUACCACAGCUACCAACCGCCUUCAGCACCACCCGGUCAAGAUCACUACGGAAGCGCUCCCUCUCAGGCGCCACCGCCCAUCCCCACGGGCGCCGCUCCAUCCGCGCCCGCUCCGCUACAGCCGGCAGGCUCGGCAUACGACGCCAGGCAGGGCCUACCGAGCCAGACGGGCACCUCGCCGCAGCCUCAGUACAAGGCGUACGUGCCGCCUGGAGGACCGCCGCCCAACGAGGGGCCCAGCGCGCCGCCAAGUGAUUACUACCGCCAGCCUGGCGUGUACUAG